GAGAAAACCUACUUUCAAGACAGAGGCUUCAGAAGAGCCUUAUGGCUUGAAUCGACAACUUACAGAAUAUGAAAAACAGAGAUUAGAAGGAAAGGAUUUUGGUUUGGAUAUAUUUGAGGAGUUAAAGUUUAGGUUUCGGAAGUUCAAAAGAGAAACCUAUAUGAAAAAUAUGGUUCACUAUCGAAACCUUUCCCAACGGCAAACACCAAAGUUUAUGGUGAUUGCAUGUGCAGACUCAAGGGUCUGCCCUUCUGAUGUUUUGGGCUUCCGACCGGGGGAAGCAUUUACGGUCCGGAAUGUGGCAAAUCUGGUUCCACCAUUUCAGCAUGGGGCCUCAGAAACUAGUGCGGCACUUGAGUUCGCUGUAAAUUCUCUUGAGGUUCCUUGUAUACUAAUUAUUGGUCAUAGCCGUUGUGGGGGCAUUCAGGCUCUUAUGCGUAUGAAGGUUGGUUCUGAUUCCAGAAGCUUUAUUAAAGAUUGGGUUUCCAUUGGGAAGGGUGCAAGGUUAAGCACAGAAGCUGCUGCUGGAAGCCUGAGCUUUGACAUGCAAUGCAGACACUGUGAGAGGGAAUCAAUUAAUGGCUCGCUGCUGAACUUGCUGACGUACCCAUGGAUAGAAAAAAGAGUGAGAGAAGGGACACUCUCUCUGCAUGGGGGCUAUUAUGACUUUGUGAAUUGCACAUUUGAGAAGUGGACACUCGUGUACAGGGAGGGAAUGGAGGAUGGCAGCAAGUAUGAUAUCAAAGAGCACUCUUUGUGGUCCUGAAUCACGAUCCCCAGGACUUGAAGCUUGUAAACAGAAGAUACUAUCUCAGCUGCUGUCUGUUCAUUCAAGGAUUUCCUCGUAAAAAACGUCUUUCUUGGAUUUUGUAUGAUACUCUUUUCAUGUAAUAUAUUCAAGGAUACAAAUAUAUAUAGUGGUGUAAGCUAAUGCCAACAUUUUCUAAGCAAUAAUUCAAGUACUACCUCAUUAUGUGGA